UUUCUCUGCUCGUUGUUUGGGAACUUCUUCUUGGCAUAGCCUUGAGUUAUUACAUUUUUAGGCCAAAUGCCAUCUCCUAAGAGCUCGGUGGGAAGUAAAAGUAGCAGUCGCCGGAGGAACAUCCAUCACUGGUACUAUCAGCAGGGUACUGCCGGAGUUUUCAGCUCUUCAUGGAUCCGCCGGUUGCACUUGACACCAACUCCGUCGCCCCCAAGUGCCACAGUGAAACCAGCCCAGAUGGCUGCACCUCUGCCAGUGGGACCAGAUGCUGUAAACUCACUUUGCACAACUGGGUUAGGUGAUGGCCCCUUGCCUGACCAUCACACUGUUUCCACCCAUGAAUCUCGAACUCCAACUUCUAUUUGUAGUACUAGGACGAGAUUGUUCCUUCAUCGCCUCCUUAAGUUCCACGAGGAACAUCCUCUUCCAACAAUGAAUCAUGGAACCUGCUCCGUCACUGGUUUUGGGCCAUUUCAGGUUAAAUCAAGGAGGAGCCCAGAUGUUCCCGGACCAUGUUCUUCCUCUGCCCCUCACCCAUCAUCACGGCCCAAACUUGUUGAGUCAUCCUUGGCUAGUGCUCAUCGUUUGCAGCACGGAGAAUCACAAUUUCAGGAAACCAAACACGGUGGAUUGGGAAGCUCCAGUUUUGCUGGCCGGGACUCUGCAACAGCCCUGGGUAACAAAGGGAAAUUCACUUACCAUGGGAACUCCUGCAAGAAUAUUUUUUUCCAUUCUUUACAGAGGAUGACGCGAUUUGGCAUAGAAAAAGAAAAAAUGGAGAAUAAUCGGAAUCAAGAGCAUAGYCACGUUCCCUUUAAUGGAGGAAAGCUCUUCCUGGGCUGCCAGAGUCACUUUAAUGGUAAAAGCUAUCUAGAGAAUGCAGAUGACAUGGUUCUGGGUUCAUCCUCAUCGCGGAGGGUGGAUGACAAUCAACAUGGUCUUCAUCUCUCACCAUUCUUUCCAAAUAGAUCUCUCUCAAAGAAGCAUGACUACCAGGGAGAUAAUGGAGCUAAUGGGUCCGUUGGAUUAGCUAGGGAUGCAUAUCUUUCUGGUCCACCAGGAGAAGCCAUUAAUAUGGGGGCGUUGAGGGUAGAAAGCAGAUGGUCUCCUCCACCAGCGCCAUUCACCGCAGGUGACCAAAGACUUCAUGAACACGUCAUGCCUGUGAAUCGAUGGCCCACCACUGCAGCUGUUUAUGGUGUUGAUUGUAUUUCUGGAUCUAGAGGUGUCACUUAUCAUGCAAGUGGCGGUGAUGGGGCUUCUGGGAGAACCUAUAGGGUAUCCUUCUCUACCAUCUCUUUCUUUUGCCCUUUACUCCGAAGCUCUAUUUUUAUGUUCUCUGCAAAGAGAUUGGCUAUGCCUAUACUUUUCUUCAUUUGCCAUUAUAGACAAACAAGGGACAGGGCAUCAAUCUGCAAAAUGAAUGGUUUUUGGCAUUGAGGAUCCCCACUUCGCAAAACAAAUACAGUUUUCCAUAUUAUACUUUUUUYCUGCUAAUGGAACUGGAAUGCAUAUUUUGCAUUUAAAACUUCUCCAGAUUUGUA